AUGCAGGACUUCCUGGCUUCCAGAGGCACACAUGUUGUGGAGCACAGUCUCGGCCACCACUCAGCUGCAGAGAUGAGUGACCACAGAGUAACUUAUGCAGAACUGAAUCGGGUUAAGGAUGGAAAGAGACAGCACAUGAAACCUAAGGGCACUAAAGGCUCCAUUCCAGGAACUGAGCAGGAACUAACCUAUGCAGAAUUAAGUCUUCAAAAUGCUUCUCAGGACCUUCAAGGGAGUGACAAGAAUGGCCACUGCAGAGGGAGCCAGACAGUUACAGCAGAGAACUGGACAGGGAAUUGGACAACAGGGAACCAGAAAGAUAAUCUUUGCUCAGCAUAUCACUGUCUUCAAUGCCCACCAGAGUGGUUUAUAUAUUCCAACAACUGCUAUUACAUCAGCACUGAAAAAAAAACAUGGAAUGAGAGUUUGAUGGCCUGUGCUACUAAGAACUCUAACCUGCUCUAUAUAGAUAAUGAAGAAGAAAUGAAUUUUUUGAACAUUUUUGAACUACAUCCAUGGAUUGGACUGUUCCAGAGAAAUAAUACUAAUUCUUGGGUGUGGACAAUUGGCACAACUCUCUCUUCUGAACUAUUUGCAAAAACUUCAGAGUUGGACAAGAAUUGUGUAUUUUGGAAUUCUGACGUACACAACUUCUGCUCUGAAUCCUGUCUAGAAAACAGAACAUAUAUUUGUAAGCACCAGUCACAUUAGUGCACCUAAAUUUGGUACAAUAUUACUCUCAC